UCCCACGUUUCUGCUUUUACAGCUUGCAUUCUGGUCCAAUCGAGACGCCGGACGUCAUUGUAAGCACGGGUAUGGGAGUAGGUCCUGAGACCAAUGAUCAACCACCCCGGCGGAAUGUGUUCAGGCAUGUUCAUUCUGACAGUAUAUCCACGUGGAGGCGGUGUGGGAAAAAGUUCGGUACGUUUUUAUGGCAACUACUGCUUUUUCGUACCACCACACUAUCUCAUAGAAUCAAGAUGAAAAACUCGACUAACCCUGAAAGAGCAGAAGUUGCCCUUUCCAGUCUCUUUUCUUCGUGCUGCAGCUCUGUAUUUUUUCCAUUUUCAUCUUCUAAGACCUCCACUGAAGGCCAGCACCUUAAACGUGUAAAAAAGACAAGUCGGCAACAUAAGCGUGUGCAGGAGCGGUUAGCCUUCUUAGAGAAAAAGAAUUUGGUUAAAAAAGGAGAGCACAAAAAAAAUGAAAGUUCUUCCAAGUUACAAUUUUGUAACGCAUCAGGCAUCCUGGGACAGAAGGCUGGCAGUAACACACAGUUAAUGGCUGUCGUACAAAAUUCUGUUUUGGAGAAGUGUGCUUGUGACACUGAAACAACCCUGACCUCAUUAUCUGCUCCCUAUACUGUUGUACCAGCAGUUAAUCCACAGUGUUCACAUUUAAAGUUUUGUCAUAGUUGUGAUUGUUGUCCACUUAGCAGUCCUGUACCCAGUAAUGUUGGUGUAUGUUCGCUAACUGUUCCAACCAAGUAUGUGGCACUAGACUGUGAAAUGGUAGGAACGGGGCCUGGUGGAAAGGUGAAUGAGCUGGCUCGAUGCAGCAUUGUGAACCACAGUGGGGAUGUUGUGUAUGAUAAGUAUGUUAAACCCACGCUACCUAUCACGGAUUACAGAACUCGUUGGAGUGGGAUUCGAAAAGAGCACAUGGAAAAGGCUGUCCCUUUUAAAGUGGCACAAAAGGAAAUUUUGAAGAUUCUGAAAGGUAAAGUAUUGGUAGGACAUGCACUACACAAUGAUUUUAUGGCUCUUCAUUACAUCCAUCCUACAGACGAUAUUAGAGAUACAAGUAAAAUGCCACUGCUGAAUAAAAAAGCUGGACUUUGUGUGACUGAAAAGGUGUCAUUGAAGAGACUCACUAAACUGCUGCUUCACAGAGACAUUCAGGUUGGCAGAGAAGGUCAUUCAUCAGUGGAAGACGCUCAGGCCUCCAUGGAUCUCUAUAAGCUUGUAGAAGUGCAGUGGGAAUGGGAAUUCCAGAACCAGUUUACCAAAUACAACUGCUAUUCACAUAUUUCCAUGCACACAACCAGUAGUUACCUGGAUGAUCAAUACUGGCCUGAGGACUUAAAUAAAGAUUGCAAAUAAAGAUUAUUAUCAAGAAUAA